AUCAAAGCGUAAACAAAACAUUCAGCGAGCAGAAUCUGUUUGGAACUAAAAUAAAAGUCCACACUUCUCCACUUACUUCUGUGCGUUAUUUUUCCGCGUUCUUCUACUGUUAUAUUUUUUAUCGUUUUGUGCGGUACAUUCCGAAAAUGUGUAACCCAUUGUGACGUAGUGCAUCGACAAUCAUAACCUGCAGAAAGCGAAUCAUCACCACCCUACAAAGGGCAAGAGGAAUCAAUUAAGGGGUCAUCACAAACAACGUGAAAAAUGCCUUCCCCCCAGCAAGGGUCGCUCCUGUCCCAGAAAGCCCCUCCGAGCAUCGACGAACUGUACAUGGAGCGCGAUUUCUACAUAGGCCUAGGGUUGGCCCUGUCCAGCAGCAUUUUCAUUGGAUCUAGCUUUAUCAUCAAGAAAAUUGGUCUCCUGCGGCUGUCCCGGGUCGGAUCGGUCCGUGCCAGUGCCGGUGGGUUUGGCUACCUACGCGACUGGAUCUGGUGGGCCGGCCUUAUCUGCAUGGGCGUUGGAGAGGCGGCCAACUUUGCAGCUUAUGCUUUCGCGCCGGCUUCGCUCGUUACGCCGCUGGGGGCACUCAGCGUGAUUGUGGCCGCCGUCAUGGCGUCCAAGUUUCUCAAGGAACGAUUGAACCUGCUCGGCAAGCUUGGCUGCUUUCUAUGCAUAGUUGGAUCGACGAUCAUCGUCAUACAUUCACCGAAAGAGGGCGAAGUGGAGGAUCUUAACCUUCUGAUGGAUAUGCUGCAAGAUCCAACCUUCAUUACGUACGUUGUGCUGAUUCUUGCCCUGUCACUGUUCAUCGGAUGCUGCGUUGGACCGCGAUAUGGUCACAAGCACGUCACCGUGUACAUCCUGCUGUGUUCGGCUAUCGGCAGCCUUACGGUAAUGUCCUGCAAAGCGCUCGGACUCGCCCUGCGCGAUACCCUCUCCGGCAAGUCGAACGAUUUCGGCAUGUGGCUUCCAUACUUCCUCAUCAUUGUGACGGUCGUGUUUGUGGGCAUACAGGUGAACUACCUCAACAAAGCGCUGGACAUAUUCAACACAAGCAUCGUGACACCGAUCUACUACGUCAUCUUUACGACGCUGGUCAUUACGGCAUCGGCGAUUCUUUUCAAGGAAUGGCGCCACAUGCGUGCCGAAGACAUUAUCGGCGAUUUGUGCGGAUUUUUCGUCGUGAUCGUCGCAGUGAUACUGCUGAAUGCGUUCCGCGAGAUGGACAUUAGCUUGAGCGAUGUGAAAGGUAUUAUGCGACCGAAGCGGGAACUGUUGCACUCAUCACACAAGGGUGCUCAGUACGAGGACUAUCUGAACGACAACGAAGAACGAGGCCCACUGAAGCCACAGUACGGCACGAAUUAUCUGAAUGCGUAACGGCAAACGAAUGGCGUCCGCUCGGUGGGCGAUGGCGCUAGCAAUGUGUUACAUUUUGUACGGGAAACAGCCAAGUUGAACUUGAAGCAAGUGUAAAAAGACCAAAUAUUUAGGACAGCUUCAACUAAAUUAUAAACGAAUGAAGAUACACAGAAGGUUAUUGUUUUGGAGAAUACUAUU